CCCUCCUUUUACUAAUACCAAAGAGCUCAUCGAAGGUAAGAUGAGAGAAUGGGUUGAGGGCACCAAAAGAGGCUUACAAAUAAAACCCUAAAAUAUAAGGGUAGAAAUUUAGGCAAAAUCAAAGGUGCAAAAAGAGGACUGAGAAGGAAAAUAAAGUCUCAUCAAAAUUUCUAGAAAAACCAUAAGGUGCAUCCAUGUGAUGAUCACACUAAAUUGGAGUACAAUCUCAGAGAGAGGUUGAGUAGCACAAAGCAACUCCAUUUGGGGAAAAUGGCAUCGAAGGGGCUUGAUCGGUCACCGUCUUCUUCCUCCGGGAUUCAUAAUGAUUUGUGCAGUUCUGUGUUGAGUACAUAUUGUGACUCUGCAACUCUAGGUUUAGUGUUAAACUAUAAUGUCAACAUUCAUGUUCCUAUUGGACCACUUUUUCAAGUUGAGGUACCAGAGUGGACUGGUGGAGCUUCAGAAAGCGAUCCGAAAUGGUUAGGGACUCGUGUUUGGCCAUCGGAAAAAAAGGAAAACAAAUUCAUGAUCGAAAGGGAUCGGAUCGGAAAGGGAAGACAAGAUUCAUGUGGCUGCCAUAUUCGAGAUUCGAUACAAUGUGUAAGGUCUCAUGUCGCUGAGAAAAGGUUGAAAGCAAAGCUCGAGCUCGGUUUCGCUUUCUACCGGUGGAAAUUCGAUAAGAUGGGCGAAGAGGUUGCAUUUUCUUGGAAAGAGGAAGAAGAGAAGAUGUUUUCGUGUAUAGGUAAGUCGAAUCCUUUAUCACUAUGGGAUGGAAGCUGCAAACAUUUUCAUAACAAAAGUAGGGAACAACUAGUUUGCUACUAUUUCAAUGUCUUUCUUUUGCAACAUAAAGCAUAUCGGAAUAGGGUCACUCUGAGGAACAAUAAUGACGACGACGAGGAGGAAAUAGGAGCUGAAGAAGAGGCGAUAAGAAAAGGCAUUGGGCAUAAACCUACUAACUCCUACACCUCCAUCUUAAUUUCCCCAAAGAAGAAGGAAAAGAAGUCAAGAUACUCUCCUCAAUUCAGUGUGCAACACUUUGCCAAUAUAAAAAAGGUGAAAUUCCUAUGAAAAUGAUAGUUGAAAACGAAUCUUUCAGUGGCAAAGGUUUUGUUUUAUGUAGCCAUUUGAGAAGGAAGGGCUGAAGAACUGAUCAUACCUUUGGUCUAUUGCAGCUU